GGCAGUUUGUGCUCAUCCUGUGCGCUCGACACGCACGCCGUUCAUCAACCUACAGCGUCGUCGCUCCGGCCAUCGCUCCGGCCGCCCUCCCCUGCCACCUCGAGUCCCCACCAACUAGUUCAAGUCAGCCCAAGGCAAGGCGUUCUGCGCCUCGCCCCGUCGGUGCGCCACCCACCCACACCAGCCGAACUCCGACCUCUGCCCUUCCAUUCAGCUGCCGGCGUCCAGGCAGCUCUCUUACCUCCUCCAACCUCGCGACUCCAUCCCUCCACCACCACCGACCCCGAGCGCCCGAGCCACGACACGGUCCCUCGCCCAUCAACCGCUCACGACACGCGGCCGAGUCCAUCUCCCCCUCGUUCGCCUCCAACCGCGCACGCAACACAGCAUGUCUGGAUACCCCGGCCAGGGCCAGUACGGCGCUGCCAAUCACCGACCUGGCGGCGGCGGCUUCGCCAACGGCGGCCCCGGCUUCGGCUACGGCUACGGCAACUACGGCGCCGGUCCCAACGGCCCUCCCGGCCCUCCUCCUCCUCAGCAGUACGGCGGCCCUGGCUACAACAACUACGGUCCUCCGCAGAACAACUACGGUCCCCCUCAAGGCGGCAACUACGGCCCUCCUCAGGGCCAGGGCCAGUACGGACCUCCCCAGGGCGGCCCGCCGCCGCAGUACGGCAACCACGGCCCUCCUCCUCCCGGCCCGCGUCCCAGCUGGGGCCCCGGUGGCAGUCCCGGCGCGUACAACCAGCACCCACCGCCGCCCCAGCCGCCGCCUCCGGGCCUCGACGCCUACGGCUACCCCAUGCAGGGCGGCACCUACGGCUACCACGCCAGGGCCGGCCCGCCGCCCUCGACGGCGCCCCAGCAGUUCGGCCACGGCGCGCCCCAGGGCUACACGUUCCAGUACUCCAACUGCACCGGUAGGCGCAAGGCGCUACUCAUCGGCAUCAACUACUUUGGCCAGAAGGGCCAGCUCCGCGGCUGCAUCAACGACGUGCACAACGUGUCCAACUUUCUCUGCCAAAACUACAACUACAAGCGCGAGGACAUGGUCAUCCUGACCGACGACGCGCAGAACCCCGUCAUGCAGCCCACCAAGGCCAACAUCAUCCGCGCCAUGGAGUGGCUCGUCAAGGGCGCCCAGCCCAACGACGCCCUGUUCCUGCACUACUCUGGCCACGGCGGACAGACCGAGGACCUCGACGGCGACGAGGACGACGGCUACGACGAGGUCAUCUACCCCGUCGACUUCCAGCAGGCCGGCCACAUCGUCGAUGACGAGAUCCACUUCCGCGUCGUCAAGCCUUUGCAGGCCGGUGUGCGGCUGACGGCCAUUUUCGACUCUUGCCACUCGGCCACAGUCAUGGACCUGCCGUACGUCUACUCCACCAAGGGUGUCCUCAAGGAGCCCAACCUGGCCAAGGAGGCCGGUCAAGGGCUGCUCGGCGCUCUGGGCUCCUACGCGCGCGGCGAUCUCGGCGGCGUGGCGAGCUCCAUCUUCAGCUUCGCCAAGACGGCCUACAAGGGCGACGACGCCUACAACAAGACCAAGGACACGCGGACGUCGCCCGCCGACGUUGUUAUGUGGUCGGGCAGCAAGGACGACCAGACCUCGUGCGUAUACCCUUCCCGUGAAGCGGCGGCGCCUGGCUUUGGUACUGACAGAACAGGGCCGACGCCACCAUCGCCUCGCAGGCGACGGGCGCCAUGUCCUGGGCUUUCAUCACGGCGCUCAAGCAGAACCCCAAGCAAAGCUACGUGGAGCUCCUCAACAGCAUCCGUGACGUGUUGUCGACAAAGUACACGCAGAAGCCGCAGCUGUCGUGCAGUCAUCCCCUGGAUACGAACCUGUUGUUUGUGAUGUAGAGGAGCGUUUUGGGAUGCGGGACGAGUGUUUUAGGGUCAUGGUCAUGAGUAAUUAUGCGUUACGUCUAUGGGAUAGGCUGGGAAAGGGAAAUUGGAAGAAGUUGCAUUUAAUUACCCGGUGACGGUGUCUGGACAGACUGUCGCGGCAGCUGCAGCUUCGUGUCUACAACAACCCUGGGCCAGUGAGUGAUGUGGUUCCUCGACCCCUCGGUGUUCGGCGACGUUCAAGUUUCUUCUCAUUGUCUGGUCCGACUCAACCCCGCAACCGUCUAGCACCGCACGAUGCAACGCUCACCUCAUCGCUGGGGGCCUAAUGAAUCAGUUUGCCUGCAUCUCAAACGGAAACUCGUAGCCGCCCGUCACCAGGCCCGCCGUGUUGACGAGCUGCUUCUGCCGAAACGGCUCGAGGGCCCGCCUCUCCUCGUCGGAGCCGACGCCGAGCUGGCGCAGGAUCUCGGCGGCGGCGGCGUACACGACGUCCAUGUUCCCGUCCUCGACCUUGACGGCGAUGCCCAGCGCGCCGCGGGCGCCCAGCCGCCGCGUCUCCUCGCCCUCGCGCAGGCCGAUGGCGUAGCAGCCGUCGGCGCCGACCUUGCCGAAGAGCCGCCCGCCGAAGGCGCGCAUGAGCGCCGUGCAGAAGCGGUCCUCGCCGGCCACCAUGUCCGGGUGCGUGGUCAUGGCGUUGAAGAUGCGCGCCAUGUGGCGCUCCCGCGGGGAGGGGAGGGCCGUCGCCGCCGCCGCCGCCGCUGCAGCUGGUCUUUUCGUUUCUGACGGCGGUGGUGAUGAUGAUGAGGUAGAGGUGAAGGCAGAGGAAGAGGAAGCGGAAGAGGUAGAGGAAGAGGAAGAGGCAACGUCGUCGGCGGCCUGGGCAAAGCGCGCGUAGAUGUGCGCCAGGUUGGUCAGGGGCAUCGCCGGCGAGGCCAUGUUGCACCCGUCCACGGCCCAGCCGACCUCGUCGGGCCGCAAGCCGGACAGCUCCUCGGUGACGGCCCUGACGCGCUGCUGCACGGGGUGCGCCAGCUCGUGGUAGCCCUCGGCGCCGGCGCCCAGGACCUCGGCGGCGGCGAGCACCCCGGCGUGCUUGCCGGAGCAGUUGCUCCAGACGGGCGUGGGGACGUGGCCGCUGCGCAUCCAGAGCUCGUCGCGCGGCCUGAGGAGGGCGGGGUGCGGGCCGCAUCGUAGGUCCGCCUCGCCGUCGUUACCGUUGCCGUUGUCACCAUUGCCGUUGUCGCCGUUGCCGUUCCCGUUGCCGCGACGAGCGAGCAGCAUGGCCCGCGCGCGCGCCACGUGCCUCUCCUCGCUGCUGUGCGACGCGCACAUGAGCGCCAGGUCGGCGUCGUCGAAGCCGAAGCGCUCCAGGGCGCCCGUCUCGACGAUGACGAGGGCCUGCCAGGGCUUGGCGGCGGAGCGGACGAGGGUGAAGCGCGAGGGGGAGGAGCCUAGCUGCAGGAGGAGCCGCGGCCGGGGGUUGUUGCCCUGAACGGCGGGGGAGGCGUCGACGACGCAGGCGUGGAUCUCGUGCCGGUUCUCGACGAUGCCGUUGCGCGUGGUGACGACGUGGGCGGCGGUGGUGGGGGAGGCGCUGGGCCGCGUGGUGGGCUUGGCCAUGGAGGACGUGAGGACGGCCAUCCGACGGUUUAACGGCGAACAGUGAGCGUCGUGUGUGCGUGCGUGUGUGUGUG